AUGCUAGACCUAGACGCCUUCGAUCGCCUCUGCCGAAUCAAAGACGCCGAGAAGCCGGCGCCGAUGCAGCAAACUCCCGCAGAGGAACUCAACCACGCAACCAAGAUCAACAACGACUGGGCCUCCAAGCUCACCCAGAACGCUCACAUGCGUGAGUCGAAGCGAGAACUGGAAGAAGAGCCCCAGCUGAAGCGGUAUGGAGACGCAGUGGACAAGGAAAGCAUGCACAAGCAGCUCUGCCGCGCCAUGCACCUCGACCGGAUGGAGGACCUCGCGCCGGAGAAAGAACACAUCCCAGACUGCGACCUCUUGAUGGACGAACUGGAUCAGCAGAUGGAGGAGAUCGCCCUCCGGCGAGUUGUGAUGACACAGAAGCAGGGGUGGGCGCGCUUGGCAGUGACAGCAGCCGCCCUUGUCGCUUGCGUCUCCAUCUUGAGGGAACUUUCAUAUUGGUAA